GCAACUCUUGACUACUACGUCAUCAUCGUGCGCCAUUGCCUGGAUGGCGCCAUCCUGACAGCGUGUGUGGUAUUCAACUAGAGUCGACGCUGAACAUAGUUUGAUUUUGGGGGAGUAUACGUUUUUAUUUUCGUUUCGCCCAUGGACAUCCAGAGUGCUAGCUCGGUGGUCCUACAGACCCUGACCCAGGCCACCAGCCAGGACACGUCCGUGCUGAAGCCUGCCGAGGAGCAGCUGCGUCAGUGGGAGACCCAGCCCGGCUUCUACUCGGUGCUGCUGAAUAUCUUCAACAAUCACAAUCUUGACAUCAACGUGAGAUGGCUGGCGGUGCUGUACUUCAAGAACGGCAUCGACCGCUACUGGAGAAGAGUGGCACCACAUGCUUUGUCUGAGGAGGAGAAGACAUCCCUCCGUGCCGGACUCGUCACCAACUUCAACGAACCCGUCAACCAGAUUGCCACCCAGAUUGCGGUGCUGAUUGCCAAGGUGGCGCGUCUGGACUGUCCGCGCCAGUGGCCCGAGCUCAUCCCCAUCCUGCUGGAGUCGGUGAAGGUGCAGGACGGCCUGCAGCAGCACCGCGCCCUGCUCACCUUCUACCACGUCACCAAGACCCUGGCCUCCAAACGCCUCGCCGCCGACAGGAGGCUCUUCCAGGACUUGGCUGCUGGCAUCUACAGCUUCGCCCGCUCCCUGUGGAACCACCACACCGACACCUUCCUGCAGCAGGUCUACGCCGGGGACCAGGGGUCCGCACUCAGCUCCCUGGAGCGAACACUGCUGUCCCUUAAAGUGCUGAGGAAACUGACGGUCCAUGGAUUUAUCGAGCCCCAACAGAACAUGGAGGUGAUGGGCUUUUUGAACUCUGUGUUUGAGAGACUGAAGCAGUUUCUGGAGUGCUGUCGGCCAGUUCAGCCGGGCAAUGUCUGCAGAGAAAAACUAGAGAAGACCAUCAUUUUGUUCACCAAAGUACUCUUGGACUUCCUGGAGGCCCACCCGUACCCGUUCAUCCCGCUGAUCCAGCGGUCACUGGAGUUCGCCGUCAGCUACGUCUUCACGGAGAUGGGCGAGGGCGUGGUGUUCGAACGCUUCAUCGUCCAGUGCAUGAACCUCAUCAAACUGAUCGUCAAGAACGAUGCCUACAAACCAAACAAAAACAUUGAAGACAGCAAACCCGAGAGCCUGGAGGCGCACAAGAUCAAGACGGCCUUCUUCACACACCCCACGCUGACGGAGAUCGGCAGACGGCUGGUGUCCCACUACUUCCUGCUCACCGAGGAGGAGCUGGCCAUGUGGGAGGAAGACCCCGAGAGCUUCGCUGUGGAAGAAACAGGAGGGGACUCCUGGAAGUACAGUUUACGGCCCUGCACUGAGGUGUUGUUCCUGGACAUUUUCCACAACUACGGCCAGACAUUAACCCCUGUGCUCCUUGAGAUGGUACAGAAUCUGCAGGGCCCCACGAAUGUGGAAGAACCUGUUCAGCUGCUAAUGAAGGAUGCCGUCUACAAUGCAGUGGGGCUGGCAGCCUACGAGCUGUUUGACAGCGUGGAAUUUGAUGUCUGGUUCAAGAACCAGCUGCUGGCGGAGCUGCAAGUGAACCACAACAGGUAUAAACUGAUCCGGAGGAGAGUCAUAUGGCUGAUAGGACAAUGGAUCUCUGUGAAGUUCAAAUCAGACUUGCGGCCGGUGCUGUAUGAAGUCAUUCUCAACCUCAUGCAAGACCCUGAUCUCGUGGUGCGGAUUGAAACAGCCACAACUCUCAAGCUGACCGUGGAUGAUUUUGAGUUUCGGACGGAACAGUUCUUACCGUACCUGGAGUCCAUCUUCGGACUGCUCUUCCAGCUGCUCCAGCAGGUCACGGAGUGUGACACCAAGAUGCAGGUCCUGCACGUCAUCUCUUGUGUCAUAGAGCGAGUCCACAUCCAGAUCCGGCCCUACGUGGGCUGCCUGGUGCAGUACCUGCCCCUGCUGUGGAAGCAGUCGGAGGAGCACAACAUGCUCCGCUGUGCCAUCCUCACCACCCUCGUCCACGUCGUACAGGGCUUAGGAGCGGAGAGCAAGAACCUCUACACCUUCCUGCUGCCGGUGAUUCAGCUCAGCACGGACGUGUCGCAGCCACCGCAUGUUUACCUGCUCGAGGAUGGCCUGGAACUCUGGUUGGUGACCUUAGAGAACAGCCCAGGAAUCACACCCGAGCUGCUUAGAAUAUUCCAGAACAUGUCAGCUUUGCUCGAGUUGAGUUCAGAGAACGUGCGGACGUGCUUCCAGAUCAUCAAAGCCUACAUCUACCUUUCAGCCACCGAGUUUUUCCAGAACUAUGCUGAAGGGCUCUGUAAGUCGUUCUGUGAGCUGAUGAAGGACAUCACGAUGGAGGGCCAAGUUCAAGUGUUGAAGGUGGUGGAGAUUGCGCUGAAAGUGAGUCCAGUCCUGGGCUCCCACAUGUUCCAGCCCCUCCUGCCCUCCGUGUUCAGGGGCAUCGUAGACGGCGAGAGGUAUCCUGUUGUGAUGUCGACGUACCUUGGAGUUAUCGGCCGCAUCCUGCUCCAAAAUUCUAGCUUUUUCUCCUCUCUACUCUCCCAAAUGGCCCAGGAGUUCCACCAGGAGAUGGACCAGCUGUUGGGCAGUGUCAUUGAGAUGUGGGUGGACCGGAUGGAUAACAUCACGCAGCCCGAGAGGAGGAAGCUCUCCUCGCUGGCCCUGCUGUCCCUGCUGCCAUCAGAUAACAGUGUUAUCCAAGACAAGUUCUGCGGCAUCAUAAAUAUCUGCGUGGAGGCCCUGCACGACGUGAUGACCGAGGAUUCCGAGACGGGGAGCUUCCGAGACUGCAUGCUAAUGACCCACUUCGAAGAGCCCAAGGUGACCGAUGAUGAGGAGCCGGCCACCGAGCAGGACAAGAGGAAGAAGUUGCUGGCCCUGGAGGACCCCGUCCACAGCGUGUCCCUGCAGCAGUUUGUCUACGAGAAGCUGAAAGCCCAGCAGACGCUGAUGGGAGACCAGGGAUUCCAGGCCCUCAUGGAGACCGUGGACACCGAGAUCGUGCGACAGUUGCAGGAGUUCCUGCAAGGAAUGUGAAGGUCUGGAAUGGAUGCUCCGGGUCUCAGGAGACUUCAGCAGGACAACAACGAAAACCAUUCACCUCACAUCGCCAAUAACGCGCCAUGUUUUCAACAAACACUACCCAACGAACAGAGCUUCCACUUUUUUCCACACAUCAUCACUUUUUUUUUUCCUUCCACUAUUUUGUACUCUUGGGUUGAUUGGUCGCCGACGCAGAAGUGGAAAGGGUGGGUACUGUGUAUAUAAAGUUGACAUGAUUGGACACGAGUAGAGUUGUCUCUACUACUUUUAUUUUUUUGUUUCUUAGAAAGAAAGAAGAAGAAAAAAAAACAGGCCCCUGUAAGAGAUUUUGGAUCCAUGAACUGAAGAAACACAAGGGGUGUUCCAGACAUGAGGAAAAUGAAAUGUAAUUUUGUAUUUAUGUAAGAUAAGCCUGCAUGAUAAGGAUAUUUUUAUUUUGAUCUCUAUUUUUUGUUUUGGUUUUCUAUGAAGCCCCUUAUGUCAAUACGGCCUAACUACUGAUAGAUAUUUUCAUAAUGACUGCAUCUCCUGCAGAUAGGACGGUUGUAUUAAUCGAAUGUUUGCUUAACCCACAAUUCUAUGCUGCUACUCUACAUGCUCCAACCCUGUUGUGUUUGAGAAGGACGCAACAUUUCACAAUGAGUGAAUGGAGUUUGACUGGUCACCAAGAUGCAAGGAUGAUAACCGUAUGAUUUCAAAGCACGAGCUUUGAUUGUAAAGAAAACAGUUUGGAAUAAUGUGUGUGUCUUUUAGUAAGGCUUAAGGGGUGAGUUUCACUCUAGCGCAAUCUCUCACUGUGACUAGCUUUGUCACUUGAAAGGCCUUAUGCUGUUAGCCUUACUAUAACCAAUAAAGGCAAGAAAACAUUUGUUUUUCCUUUUUUUAGACACUACAGAAUGUAUAGGUCUGGUCUCGACAGCAUUUAAAUCCCAUUAUUUUAAUACAUUUUGUUGAAUACGUGCCAAAAAUCAAUGAUCAAUGAAACUGACUGUGAAACAGACCAUGCAUGUGACAUUUGCCGGCUGAUCACUGAGGCCGAGGUGACGUUAUCAGUAUGAGGGAAGAAGGUGUUCCUCACUACGGUCGUAGUUCUAGUUUCUGGGAUGGGUUAAUUGCUUCAGUCAUUGGGUCUAAUAUUGGUUUUGGUCCGUUUUAAUCUUGUACAAUUAUAUUUUUAUGAUCA